AGAAAGACACGGAGGCGGACGAAGGAGGAGAGGCGAGGGCAAGAGGGGCGCGAGACACACGGCGAAAACGAUGGUGGAGUCUCAGAGGCGGGGGUUGUCUGAUUGAGGACUUGACAUUUUUGAUCUUUGAAAUUAUAUUUAUUGCGUCAAGAUAAGAAGACGGUCUACAGCGGGGCUACUGCAAUCAAGACACACGGGAACGGAUGCUACACGUUAACGGGUUCAGCAUACACCACCGCUGGCGCUAGGCAACAUGGCAUGAAAACUGAAGCUCGAGGAGGAGAAAAGAGAACAACGUUUAAGCGGAGCAAUGUUCCAGAGCUUCUUGUAAGGCACUAGACAAUCAUCUUAUGGAUGGCUGGAUUUAUUCACUUCAUGUCUAAAACGGGAAAGCAGCGGUUUGGGUGUUAGACAACCAUGUUAAACCGCUGGAUUUUAAUUAUUCAUCGACGGUUGGUUAUUAUUUUCGUCAAAGAGACACUGAAGCAUCGCCAUUAACUACAACGAUGUGUGGCCUUGUGGAGUCAUAUACAUGUUACAGAUGCUCCCAACGAACGCAAUAAGAAAGCUUGCUGAACCACAUUAGUGGACAUUGGACCCAUUCUGAAAAGGCCUACCUGAAACCUGAAUUCUGAAAACAGAUUAUCCUGGGCUACAACAAGACAGUGUUUGGCAACACGGUUAGAGAACGGUAGUCAGUAGAAAACACGACACGGUGGAAUAGCGUCUGAGACGCCGGGGUAAACGAAAGGAACAUUCUGCGUGACAGGAGAAAAUGCUGCCCUCGCAAGAAGCCUCCAAGAUUUACCAUGACAACUACAUGCGGAACUCGCGCGCCAUCGGCGUCCUAUGGGCCAUCUUCACCAUAUGUUUCGCCAUCGUCAACGUAGUGGUCUUCAUCGAACCGUACUGGAUCGGUGACAGCGUCAACACGCCGCAGGCCGGUUACUUCGGCCUCUUCCGGCACUGCGUUGGCAGCGGCUCGCCCAACCGGGAGCUCACUUGCCAGGGGAGCUUUGCCGAUUUCAGUUCGAUCCCCUCUGGUGCCUUCAAGACGGCGUCGGUGUUCGUGCUGCUGUCCAUGGUCCUGACGCUGGGGUGCAUCGCCUGCAUGGCACUGUUCUUCUUCUGCAACACAGCCACUGUCUACAAGACCUGCGCGUGGAUGCAGCUGCUCUGUGCGGUGUGCCUGGUGCUGGGCUGUGUGAUCUUCCCAGACGGCUGGGACGCGGAGGUGGUGAGGGACCUGUGUGGGGAGCUGACAGGCCGGUACAGCCUGGGCGCCUGCUCCGUGCGCUGGGCCUACAUCCUGGCCAUCAUGGGUAUCCUGGAUGCCCUCAUUCUCUCCUUCCUGGCCUUCGUCCUGGGAAACAGGCAGAACCAGGACCUCUACCUGGACCACCUACAGAACAGCAAAGAUUUCACUGUCUCCAGGAUUGAAAUCCGGGACAGACGAGAUCCCAGGUAUGGACUCCAGCGCCUCCACUGAAGCUGCCUGCUGGAACUCCCUCUCUCCUCCCUUUCUCUCCUCACCUCCUCCU